UUAUGCGACUUGCCAUUGUACCGUAUUUUGUUUAUUAUCGUCAACGUCGUCGCCGCCGGACGUGUUCGUCGUCGCAAGGAGGAGAGACGCAAUUCGCCGUAUCGAUGUCUCGAGGGUAUAACCGUGAUUCGUCGUCGUCGUCGUCGUCCGUGUCCUCGCGAAUUCAAAAUCAUCGAAGGUGAGCCUCGGACGAUUGUAGCUUUCAAGAUUCGCGGCGACCGUUGAGAUUCAAAUUUCAAACCGUCCCCCCCGUCGCAUCGUGUAUACAUGCGUAUACGCAUAUAUAUACUACCGCACGCGCCAGCACUGAUCAUCCUCUUCGAGAGUCAUGAAUUACAUCGAGAUCGCCGAAGCGACGACAACAGCUUGGCCGACGUACAAUAGGAUUUUCGACAUCGGGAUCAAAAGAACGCCGCCGAUCGUGCACAGAGAGCCUCGAGUGCCUCAAGCCCCGAGGAAGGCCGCGGCGCUCGCAUCCAGAUACUUGCAGACGCUCAAUCGUCGAGAGGGAUUACAGCCGAAAAAACUCGAUUUCGGCCGUGACACGAUGGCGUCGCCGCCGCUGCCGCUGCCUCCACAGCCAGUAGUAGUAGCAGUCAACAGAAGCAGCCUGCACGAGAGCGAGGACAACAGGAGGGAUCGGUCGCUCGAGCGCGACAAGGAGAACAGGCUGAGCAACAGCAACGCCAGCAGCAGCGGACUGCAACAACAACAACAUCAGCCGCAGCAGCAACGACAACGACAACAACACGCCGUUGUGGAUCUUCAAUUGAACACCAAGUCCGAGGAGAAAACUCGUAGCUGGUGGCGCUGCACUUGGAAGGAAUUUUUAUGUUAUAUGGCUGUUUACUCGAUCUUGAGGUUAAUUUAUGACGCGUUUUGCUUUAUCUUUGGGAAAUGAGGCCCAGGUUCGAUAAAUGACAUCAAUUAUUAUUUUUUCGAUUCGAUCACUUCGCUACAAAUUGUGUAUUUUUUUGUUUAUCGUUAAAUUCUGGAAAAGUAUCUUUCAUCGUCAAUAAUUUGUACAUGUCAUAUCGACAUUUCGCUAGGAACCUGGCCUGUUUUUACGGGCAGAACUGCGCGCGAGCAAUAAACGCAUUUAUCGCGCUCGCGGAUUCUCCGAUACAAUACUUCUUGCGGGCGAGCGUAUACGCAGUCGUGGCAAUGACUUUAGAGCAAAAAAACCACAACAAAAUAAUAGUGUGCACAGCAUCUCGGGAUCUCCGAUUCGAUACGACGUGCGUCGUCGCCACCACCGCCGCACGCGUUAAAAGUUCAUCGGCCCCUCGAGGCAAUAUACAUCGAACAACGAUCGCAAGAUUAAUUGCCUCUCGUUUUUUUUUUUUUUUUUUUUGUAAAUCUGUAUAAAAAUGUAUAAAACUUCGUCGUUGUUACAACAGAGAGGCGUGAGGAUUUUUCUUCCGUUAUUUUGUUAUUUUGAUUUUUUUCGUCGCUUCGUUGUACGGGGGGGCUUAAAUCACCUAGCGAAAUAUUAACGCGCGAGUCCGGCUAAUUAGUUAAUCUAGUAUGCCGCUGGGCCGGAGCUAUAUAUGUAUAUACGUGUGUGUAUAUAUGCGUUCAAUGCAUCGGACUCGGGGAUUUAAAGCCCGUGGCGUUGCAUUACCCCCCAUUAUACUACGGGCCAUGGGUGUGUGUAUAGCCCCGGCCGAGCGCAGGCGUUUAAUCAACGUAAAUAAUGUUUCGUUAUAAUAUACACACACACGCGUGUACACGGGGACACUGCGGCCUCUUUUCUCGCAAUUCAAACGCCAUUAUACAUUACGCGUGCGUGUACGAUACGAAAAUCGCUCGAAGGAAACGCACGAUUAUUAUUUUCUCUGGCGCAGCCGCAGCCGACGACUUUUUUUGUUUGUUCGUUCGUUAAACUUUGAUUAAUACGUUGGACUAUUGUUUUAAUCUGCGGCCAAGCACAGAUCGUUCAUUAUUUAUCGCGAUAAGAACUUUGAAUUGUACUGGAAAGAUUUACGACUCGUUACGCGCUCGCCCUGUAAAUAAUACCAUGUGUGUUAUACUGCUAUAAUACGCGCACGUUUCUCCAUGUAAGUGUACACCGAACCGCGACACGAGACACGUGAGACAUUCA